AUGCAGGUUUCCAGUCCAGUUGUGGUACCGGCAGAAAUGGGUUCUGGGGUAAUUGAGAUAUUGCAGCAUUUGGCAUCAGUAGGAAUUGAGAAGCUUUCAAUGCAGGCAAACAAGUUAAUGCCCUUGGAAGAUAUCACUGGAAAGACAAUGGAACAAGUAGCAUGGGAAGCUGUGCCUGCCUUGGAAGGACCUCAGAGUCAGAGGGAAUGCUUGAUGCAACAUGAAUCAGUUGGGCAAGAUACAUCAGAUGGGGUAACAAGAGCUAAAGGAAUUUUAUCUGGGCCCAAGUCUAAUAAGUUUAAUUCAAGUGCAGCAGGCAAUGAGAUGGGCUUAGAAUAUGUUUCUCUAGAAGAUCUUGCUCCUUUAGCCAUGGAUAAAAUUGAAGCACUUUCAAUUGAGGGGUUGAGAAUACAAUCUGGGAUGUCAGAUGCAGAUGCACCUUCAAAUAUCAAUGCACAGUCUGUUGCGGAAAUCGCAGCUCUCCAGGGCAAGGGUGUUAACGUUGGUGAAUCUCUUGGUUUGGAGGGAGCUGCUGGAUUGCAAUUGCUAGACAUAAAAGACAGUGGUAAUGAUGUUGACGGACUAAUGGGCCUCUCAUUAACUCUUGAUGAAUGGUUGAAACUUGAUUCCGGCGAAAUUGAUGAUGAAGAUCAUAUUAGUGAGCGGACUUCUAAAAUCCUUGCGGCUCAUCACGCGAACUCUUUGGACAUGAUUCGUGGAGGGUCGAAGGGAGAGAGAAGGCGUGGAAAAGGAGCUAGCAGAAAGUGUGGUUUAUUGGGGAACAAUUUCACAGUAGCAUUGAUGGUGCAACUUCGAGAUCCACUACGAAACUAUGAGCCUGUUGGGGCACCAAUGCUUUCUCUUGUUCAAGUAGAGAGAGUGUUCCUCCCACCGAAGCCAAAAAUAUACAGCACGGUUUCAGAACUAAGGUGCAGUAAUGAAGAGGAUGAUGAGUCGGAGUCAGUUGGGAAAGAAAAAAUAGAGGAGGAGAGGAAAGAUGAGAAAUCUUCUGAAGUGGAAGCUGUUCCUCAAUUUAGAAUCACUGAAGUCCAUGUUGCAGGUCUGAAAACUGAACCAGACAAAAAGAAGCCAUGGGGUACUGCGAGUCAGAAACAGUCUGGUUCCCGUUGGUUGCUUGCUAAUGGAAUGGGGAAAAACAAUAAGCAUCCAUUUAUGAAGUCAAAAGCUGCUCCUAAAUCUUCUGCUCCAGCAACAACAAAGCACUAA